CGUAAUGUCGCCAUUCUCGUAGUGGGGGUAUUACCAUGCAUUCGACCAAAAUGUAAAUCCUGAGGGUGUAGAAGUCCCUCUAGAUCUCUUAGUAAUAUCACGUCUCAGAACGCUAUCUUAUAACGCCCUCCACUAUAGCCGCUAGAUGAAGGGUACUCGUUCUAUGUAGCAUCUGUCAGGCCUUUCAGUCCUGUGGCUCCCCUAUUAAUAUACUCGAUUUGUUAUUCCCGAGAAGUGAUUCGUGCGAUAAUAUCCUUCUCCUUCGAGUAUAGAGGCGAUAUGUCUUCUCAACAACCGCCUACCGCGCCUUUGGGUGCCAGCUCCGCUGCGACGUCCGACCACGACAGCGUAAGGUCAAAAGGCCAUCUCGACGAUAAGCUUCCCGUCGAGGUGACGCCCACUACCUCGGCAGCGUUGGUACCGAGAGAGACUGAGCGUAUGGAAUCGGUGCUUGGUGAUGCUAUUCUGCGCUUCUUGCGACUUCGAAAGGGUCCGAAGACUGAACCGUACGAUCUUGAUGCGAUUGCAACACAACCUAGUAUCUGGGAUUCCGAGAAUGUGGAUGAAUUAAAGCAGCUCUACAUUCACCCCCAAUGGGAGAACUGGUCUGCUUUCGACCCUAGUUUCCGAUGGACAUGGAGGGAAGAGAGAGCGGUGCGACGUAAGGUUGACUGGAAGAUUAUGGUCUGGGUGUGUGUUAUGUUUGCUGCUCUCAACAUCGACCGAGGAAAUAUUUCCAACGCUGUCUCGGACAACAUGCUGGAAGACUUAGGCCUUAGUCGCGCCGACUACAAUACUGGUCAAACCAUCGCGCGAGUCGGCUUUCUAGUAGCAGAACUACCUUCGCAACUUAUUUCCAAGCGUAUCGGUCCCGAUCUAUGGAUUCCGAUCCAAAUAUGCAUUUUCAGCGUUAUAUCUGCCCUGCAGUUCUUCCUCGAAGGGAGAGCUUCUUUCCUCGCCACCAGAUACUUAAUAGCAACAUUCCAAGGUGGCUUUAUCCCUGACACGAUCCUCUACCUCAGUUACUUCUAUACUGGUAGAUCGCUUCCGAUCAGGUUAGCUUGGUACUGGAUGUCUUCACAACUAGUCGACAUCGGUGUCGGUUUCGCUGCUGUUGGUCUCCUAUCCAUGCGCGGUAUCCUGGGGUACGAAGGCUGGCGGUGGUUGUUCCUAAUUGAGGGCGCUGUUACCUUCUUGGUUGGAGUUGCUUCAUUCUUCCUCAUGCCUCAAUCUCCGGCUAGGACAAAGAGCUGGUGGAACCCUAAAGGGUACUUCACCGAGAAGGAAGAAAAGAUCAUUGUCAACUCAGUUAUCCGAGACGACCCCCAGAAAGGAGGAAUGUACAAUCGACAAGGUCUCUCCGUCAAACAAAUAUGGGAGAGCGCGAAAGACUACGACAUGUGGCCAAUAUACGCUCUAGGUCUAUUAUUCGGCAUACCGAAAUAUCCCGUCGGUCAAUACUUGACGCUUUCCUUCCGAGGUCUGGGAUUCAACGUCAUCCAGACCAAUUUACUUUCGAUUCCGAACAUCGUCGGUUCCAGCAUAUCCAUGCUAGUCAUCACUGCGGUAAGCGAAUUGGUAAAUAAUAGGAGUUUCGUAUCGAUGGCGGAAGAUGCUUGGUUGUUGCCCUGUUUCGCUGCUUUGAUAGCCCUGCCGGAUCCGAUCAGCCCUUGGGCGUACUUCGCGAUCGCAACAGUGUUGCUGUCAUUCCCAUACACCCACCCUAUACAAGUCGCCUGGACGAGUAGGAAUGCGGGAUCCGUCCAGAACAGAACAGUCUCUGCUGCUAUCUACAACAUGUGGGUUCAAGUCAGUGGAAUGAUCGGCGCGAACAUCUACCAACCCAGCGACUCGCCGCGAUACUUCAAAGCAAACAAGGGUUUACUAGUUAUCUGUGUCUGGAUGUGUGUAAUACAAUACCCGGGCACAUAUUAUUACUACCGAUGGAGAAAUAAUUCAAAGGCGAAGAAGUGGGAUGCCAUGACUCCAGAAGAACAAGACAACUAUAGGAAGACUACAACCGAUAAGGGUAACAAGCGACUCGAUUUCCGUUUCGCAACUUAAAAGUCGUCAAUAGUGAUUAGCCAAGAGAGGAAAACUGAAAAAGGAGAUGGAUACAUAUGCUGCCCCCGAAUUUGGAAAGUCUUUUGGAGCCGUUACGAGCCUGUCAAUUGAUAUAGUAGCUAUAGAAUAGUGUGUAUGACUUAUCACGUAUAAGGUUGCGGUGUUUAAGUCUGAGGAGCUCUAUGAUACCGUAUAUUCAAUAUUGAUACCUUCUUUGAUACCCUACCAAGUCUAUAGUUGACAAACGGUCAUUUUAUAACAGCGGUUUACCUACUCCUUAACAUUAUGGUUAUAGCUCAAGGCAUUCUCAUGACAUUUUAACAGAAC